AAAGGGUGGAGGCGGAAGCCACAAACCAAACCCUCCUGCGUCUUCCCUCCUGCUUCGUGCUUCUUCCACUCCCCCUUCUCUUCUGCGGCGCCAAGCUCGAGCUCAUCGCCACGGAGGUUAGCUCGAUCUUGGGUUUUGGUCUAUCCGCGACGAAGGUGAAUUAGUUGGAGACUGCGUGAUGUCUGGUGCGAAAGCGGGUGUAGACGUGGAAACAAGGGACGGCGGUGCCGGUGGCUCCUUCAGUGAGGAGAGGCUCGUUGAUAAGCUCAACAAGCUCAACAACACAGCGGCGAGCAUUCAGACACUUUCACAAUGGUGCAUUUUUCACCGCAAGAGGGCCAGAAGGGUUGUAGACACAUGGGAAAAGCAGUUCAGUAGUGCAACAAAGGAUAAGAAAAUAUCAUUCCUGUUUCUAUCAAAUGAUAUCUUGCAAAACAGCAAGCGCAAAGGAGGUGAUUAUGUGCAUGAGUUCUGGAGGGUUCUACCCAGAUCAUUGAAACAUGUCUACGAAAAUGGGGGAGAAGAUGGAAAGAAACUGGUGGCUAGACUAAUAGGAAUUUGGGAUGAACGCAAAGUUUUCGGAACCCGUAUUGAAAGUCUGAAAUACAGCAUUUUUGGUGACAACCCUCCUAUAUUCGAUAACAAUGGGAAUAAAAAUAAUUCAAACCCUGGCUCUAACCCCUUAAAUUCCAAAGUUGCAAGGAAGGAUUCCAGUACAGUACUAAAAAAACUGACUGUUGGUGGUAUGCCUGAAAAGAUUGUGACUGCAUACCAAUCUGUGCUUGAUCAACAUUUUGAUGAAGACACAGUUUUGAACAAAUGUAAGAGUACUGUUAGUGUUCUGGAAAAGAUAAAGAAAGAUAUAGAAGAUGCUAGUACCAAAGGUGAUCAGCCUGCCUCAACAAUGAUUUCUGACCUCCCAGAACAGGAAACAAUCCUGAAGCAGUGCAUUGCACAACUUGAAAGCGUAUAUGUGGUGAGGAUAUUGCUGAUAAAUCAAUUAAAAGAAGCUCUCGUCGAACAGGAGUCAAAGUCAGAAGUUCUUCGCAGCCAGUUGCAAGUCGCUCGUUCAGAGGCUGAACAUGCCAUUCAACUUAGGCAACGAUUUGAUGGUGCCGUUGUCUCAAAUGGCACAGGAUCUAAUUCUAGCCUGCUAAUGAUUACCCCAACAGAACAGACAGCUGCUAUGAUACAGGGUUCUGGAGUAAGGCUGACGUCUCCUCAGUUGCAAUCACUGAAUCCAGCAACCUCGCUUGCCCCUACAGUCAGUGCAGUGGGAGAUGAGCCGAAGAGAACGGCAGCAGCAAUGGCAGACAAGCUGACAUCUUUGUCGGCACCUGUGCAGGUUCUGAGCUCCAUUUUCUCAUCUUUUGUUGCCGAGCAUGGCGCCUCGCUAUCUUCCAAGAACAGUGGACCGGCUUCUGGAGAACUCUCCGGGGAACCGCCGGGCUUCCAGAUUGAAAAGAGGCCUAGGCUUGAGAAAACCGUGCAGGCCAGUGACAUGGGUGCUCCUCCCUUUCCUGUGCAAGUACCGCAGCUGCAACAACAGACUGGAGCAGCGCCCACACAGCUACCAACACAGAUCAACCAAGCACCGGGUCCAUUUGCACCGCCACUGCCGUCUCUUUUGCCACCGUUUCUGCAACAGUUCGGCCAAAGUACUGGAGGAAUGAUGGGAGUGGGACCUUUCGGGAUGAUGUCCGGCUCUAUGCCACCUCCGCCUCCAUUGCCCAACAUUAUGCCGGCAGGUUUUCCAGGACCAAGCGGUCCACCUCCACCUCCGCUUCCACCGGCCCAGAACCAACCCCAACAGCAGCAGCAGUCUCCUCAGGCACCACAGCAAUCACCCACAUCAGCAGGAUUCUUCCAGUCAUCAGCAGGCAUGGGGUUCUUCCCACCAGUGCAGGUGCAACAGUCUCCGUCUGCCCAACGACAAUGACUCAACGGUGGCAUGGCAUUCAUCGGGCUAUAAUGGCAGCACUUUGUGCUAACUUCUGUACAUUAACCAAUAAUCACCUAGCGUCGAGCUUAUACGUGGCUGAUCCUGCAAGAGAGGCGCAGGACCGUUGUCACGGUUAGAAAAAAAAACUGUAGAAUAGGCUUUUGUGAUGACUCUCGUUUUGGUCAGAGUUGUUUAACUCUUCCUUGUUCUGUGUAGUAGUUAGAUGUUGUGUCUCUGUCCCCCGUUUGCUUUGAUCUCCUGAGGCAAAAGAAAGUGGCACUGGAAUUGUUGCCCACUGAAUCACUGAUCGUGCUGUCAUUGACAUGAUGUAAACUGCAAAUACUUGUUCUAUUGUUGUUUAAAUUUAAUUAUUUAUUAUGAUUAUUUUUUA